CCUUGAUCUACAAAAUGAUUGGUCAGUUUUACUGAGCACUUCCUGUAAACAUUGCAUAUCAUUGGCUGAUGUUCUUGACGCCUCGGAUGCAGUAGUUCUAUUCCGGUCGGCCUUUUCGCCGGUCGGCCUGUUGUCGGUAAAAUGGCAGAGGUCAGCCAGAGGCUUGGGAGUGGAGCCUACCUACUGACAGCCCUCAGAGCCACCCUUGGUCGUCCGGCAGACAUCGGAGUCAGUCCCGAAGGCCGCUUGAUAAGCCUUACCUCCAGUCAGGUUAAAGAGGAAUUAGUCCAAGAUCAACGGAGAAACGAGCCACGGUUAAGAAGCAGAGUACUAAGACGCAGAGCAGAUAAACUUUCCAUAGUGAGGAAAGCAGAAAAUCAGCAGGAAGAUGUGACUUCACGUUGUGCCACUUCUUCGUCGUCCAGGUUUUUAAGAUUUGCUGAAACCAGAGAGAGUCUACAAUCUUAUAAGAUCUCCUUAUACCUCUCUUCAGGACUCUUCAUGGAGAAGCAAGCUUGCAGGAUGUCACCCUGGACCAGAGUUGUUUCCAUCCAUCCUGACACCUUCAGGUACCUCCAGCAGCACAGGGCUUUCUGCACAGUGGUCUUCAUUCUGGCAGAGCAGGUAUCGGAGAGGUUGGGCAGUGGGCCGAGACUAGGACGUCUGAAACUUCAUCCUGAUAUCUUGAAAGCAUCAACAGCGACUAGAGGCUACAGCUGGAGGUCAGAGGAGACUUCACUGCUUCACAGAAGCAGGACGGCUUAUUAUGACAUUCUCAAAGUCUCCCCUAGUGCCACGCAGACCCAAAUCAAGACAGCAUACUACAAACAAUCCUUUAUCCACCACCCAGACAAGAACCCGGGGAAUCAGGAGGCCACCCAGCUCUUUUCUGAGAUCAGUGAGGCUUACACUGUGCUCGGUAACAUCAGCCUGAGGAGGAAGUACGACCGGGGCAUUUUGAACCAGUCUGAUGUCCAAAGUGCAGGGAGACCUUCCUCCAAAGAAACCAAGAGUAAAUCCACAGGCUCCCAGCAGCAGCAGAAAACCAGGAAGUUCUCCCAGACUGGUGGAAAGCCCAUGUUUGAUUUUGAUGCCUUUUAUCAGGCUCAUUAUGGGGAGCAGCUGCAGAGAGAGAGGGAAAUUAGGGCCAGGAAGCAGCAGAUGGAGAAGAUGCAGCAGCAGAAGCAGAGCCGGUGGAGGGAGCAGAAAAUGAUGGAGCUGGCUUUGACAGUGGUGUUAGCCAUGGCAGGGCUGAUUUUUGUCAGUCUUAGCAAGCCCUGAAAUUGAAGCAGCCAGAAAAAGGUCUUCUUGGGCUCCAUGUUAUGUUUCUCAGGGGGUAAGAUGGAGGUGGCAGGGGUGGGGGUAGGGGUGCUACCUCAGACUGUUUUACAAGUGUUGCACAGUUUCUGAAAGUUGAAAUUAAUGAUUGUAGUUUCUCAUUCAAGAACACAAUCUGCUUCCAGUGUUUAAGUGGUUUAAAGCAACAAUUAAAUUUUCAUCUAGAAAACUUUUUUAUUUCGUAGGAUCUAAAAAAAAGUUAAUUGUCACACUUGCCUGCCUUGAAAUGAAUAACAAGAUCAAAUUCCAGUUAAUUUUAAGUGGAAAUGGAAAACCACAUCUUAGAAUGGGGAAUUAUGAAAAGGUAGCAUUUCCAGUGUUGUUGUCAUUCUAAGAAUGGUUUCAAUAUGACAGUUUCACUACAAACCACUUAAAUUUUGCGUCAGUAAUCAUAAUUCAAGCAGAUGCAAAAUAGUGCUUUAUAAACUAUUCUAUUCAUCAUUUCUAUGGGAAAUGUUAAAUAUGAGGCCAAACUCCCUUUGGCAGCUUGAACUGUUACUUUUCCAUCCCAGUAAGGCACGGGGAUGCAAUAAUGAAACUUUUCAUGCUGAAAAAGUUGUUCACCUUUCCUUUUACACUGGACCUUUAAUACAGGAAGUUAAUUUUAGGUGUAUAAUUUGAAUGUUUUUGUGUUAAGAAAUGAAUACGCCAUAAAAUCUUCCUGCAGGUGUUUAAAAAUCUAUAUAAGUCAAUGUACUGUACAUACAGGGUUCCUCAAUUUGAUUGAUGUUAUCUAUUUGGAAAAUUGUGUAUUUAAUGGGAGGCCGCUUUUGAGGAAAAAAACAACAAUAAAGCAGUUUUAUUGAAUUUCACCCCCUUUUUUUUAAUUCCAAGUCCAAAGUUUUUAUUCUGGAGUAAUUGGUGUCCAAACCUUUCCAUCAUAGCAAUCAAAUACUUGCUUAAAUAAAAUGGCUAACAAGCUUUCUCUAUGUCUCUACUAGGAUUUUUGGCAACCAUCUUCUAUUAUGAUCUUUGUAGAAGGCUUUUUGUCUUCCUCACAUCACAAAUCCAUGGCAAGACUUGGGUUUGGGUCUUUUAUAUUAUUGUUUUCCUAUCUGUCUAAACCACUUUGAAUGUAUGUCUCUGGCCAUGCCCUGGACAGGAAGUCCAGUGCCA